AUGGUGAAGGGUGAAUCGGCACCACCCGAACCCGUCGCGACGUCCCCGACGCUCUUGCAGGCACUAAUCCAUGUAUCCACUGCCUAUUGCAAUUGCGAUAGAACCGAUGUGUCUGAGGUUAUCUAUGCACCGCCCUAUAAUCCCGACGAUAUCAUUUCACUAAUCAACUGGCUUCCGGAGGAUAUACUUGAUCAGCUGACACCGCGCCUGAUCGGCAAGCGCCCCAAUACGUACACAUUUACAAAAGCCUUAGCGGAGCAUAUGUUACUUAAGGAGGCUGGUAAUCUGCCCGUUGCCAUUGUGAGGCCAUCGAUUGUGACUGCCAGUCUGAAUGAGCCGUUCGCCGGAUGGGUGGACAACUUCAAUGGGCCAACGGGCCUGGUUUCGGCGCUGGCCAAGGGCAUGUUCCGCACGAUGAUGUGCGAGAAGAACUAUGUGGCCGAUAUGGUACCUGUCGAUAUUGUGAUUAACCUGAUGAUUGCCGCCGCCUGGCGCACAGCGACCCGCAAGUCCAACAACCUACUCAUCUACAAUUGUUGCACCGGCCAGCGCAAUCCCAUCAUCUGGUCGGAGUUUGUCAAACACGCCAUGACGAGUGUGCGCAAGCAUCCCCUGGAGGGCUGCCUGUGGUAUCCGACUGGCGACCUGCGCAUGAACCGCCCCAUGAACACGCUGAACUGUAUAGCCAAACACUUUUUGCCGGCCUACAUCCUGGACGGAGUGGCUAGAAUCAUGGGCAAGAAGCCAUUCGUUGUCAACGUACAAAACAAAAUUGCCAAAGCUGUGGAAUGCCUCGAGUACUUCGCCACACGCCAAUGGCGCUUCAAGGACGACAACGUCCACGCCCUGCUGCACACGCUGAGUCCCAAGGAUCGCGAGAUCUUCGUCUUCGACGUGCGCCACAUCAACUGGGACAAGUACGUGGAGCGCUACGUCCUGGGCUUCAGGGAGUUCCUGUUCAAGCAGCGACCCGAAUCGCUGCCGGCCAGCAGAAAGCGCAUGCUCAGGCUCUACUAUCUGCACCAGCUGACCAAACUGGUGGCGGUGCUGCUCACCUGGCGCUUCCUGAUGUCGCGCUCGAAGCGCCUGAACGACUUGUGGAGCUCCUUCCUGGAGAACGCGCUCAAGAUGGCGCGCUUGAUACCCUUUUUGUAA